AUGUUGGCGCCGGUCCAGCCAUCGAUCCGCGUGGCACCGCAAUGUGCAAGCUGGGCGCUCCAACGUCAAAUCGUGUGCUCGGCAGGCACGUUCACACUAGGGUCGUCUGCACAGCUGCUACUGCUGCUCGUCCUCGUGCUUCUGUGCAAUAAGUUUUGGUAUGUUGCGGUGCGACUGCUCUUCACGCGGUCGACCUCGUUCAUCACUGUUUCGAUCGAGUGGCGCCGAAUGGACCGUGCGUCGGCCAUGGUGAGCGGCCUCCUCAGCGUCCGUCACGGUGGCGAACGGCUGCUAUUUGAUAUCAAGACGUGGCGAUUGCAUCGGCUUUCGGCGCUCCAUACAGAGAAACGGCCCAGCGACGACGUGCGCCUCGACUACGCGCUCCCAUUACGGACCUAG